AUGAGGAAAAAGCAAAAUGGGUUUAGAAGACCUGUUAUCAUCAAGAACAAGAGGAAUCAUAAACAACCAGAGUCACAACCCAGUGUUGAUCCCAUUACGGGAAAGAAGAUACCGAAAAGUUUUGUUUUUGCACGAGGGAAGUUGCCUGUUCCUCUUAAACAGCUUCAGAUGGACCUUAGAAAGUUGAUGCUUCCAUAUACUGCACUCAGUCUCAAGGAAAAGAAACGGAAUAGUCUGAAAGACUUUUUGAACGUUGCUGGACCUAUGGGUGUUACACAUUUUCUCAUAUUGUCAAAAACUGCAUCUGCACCUUACUUGAGGGUUGCAACUACCCCUCAAGGACCUACUCUUACAUUUAAGAUACAAGAAUACGCAUUGGCUGCUGAUAUUGCUCGAUCUCAAUUGCAUCCUCGAUGCCCUAAAGAUCUUUUCAAAAAUUCCGCAUUGAUUGUGCUUUCUGGAUUUGUCAGUGGAGAUUUGCCUCUACGGCUUACAACUAACAUGUUCCAGAAUAUUUUUCCAACAAUCGACGUUAAAACUGUUAAACUCGCUUCUUGCCAAAGAAUUGUGUUGCUUAAUUACAACAAAGACACCAAGCUUAUUGAUUUCCGGCAUUAUUCGAUUAGAUUACAACCUAUAGGUGUUUCACGGAGAAUUAGAAAACUUGUUCAAAGCCAUCAGGUUCCUGAUCUAAGGAAUCUUCAAGACGUUAGCGAUUUUGUCACAAAGGCUGGCUAUGGAUCAGAAAGUGAAGCCGAUGAAGAAGCAGCAACAGUGACUUUGUCUAGCAAUAUUGGUAGAGUUAACCGUGCUUCUACAAAAAGUGCGGUAAGACUUCAAGAGAUUGGUCCAAGGAUGACUCUUCAACUCGUUAGGAUUGAGAAAGGACUGUGUUCGGGUGAAGUCCUCUUCAGCGAAACUGCGUCAGGAAAGGCUGGUGACAAAGGAAAAACCGAUAAUGAGAUUGACAAUAAUGACGAAGAUUCAGAAGACGGUGAAGAUGAAGAUGGAGAAGAUCCAGAGGAUAAUGAAAUCAAUGAAGAGCUUGAUUAG